AUGGUCCCCCUACCCCUCUUCAAGCUCGCAGCACUGCUUGUGCGACACAUCUCCAAAUAUGGUGCCAACCACAUCAAGGCCCAAGCCCACGAGCACCCGCGGUUCCGCCAAUUUGCCGCCCGCUACGGUCAAUCCAUACACCAGAUUAACAUGCGGCUGAACGUCGCCCUUUUACGAAAUCCCAGCGCCGAAGCAAGAGCAAAGGAAAAGGCCGAGGCCCCGACUGUGAAGACGAAGGAAGAGAUUGAGAAGGAGGAGGAGAAGAAGAGGAAAAAGGAAGAACAGGCUCGAAUAGAGGCCGAGCAGCAACAGCAACAACAGCAACAACAGAGUCAGCAGGGCCAGCAGGGCACGACAGGCAUGUUCGGCGUGCGCCAGGGCCACUUCCGCGUGUUCCCCGCGACAACCCUCUGGCGGCGCAAGUUCCGGCCCCUCUCCGAGAACAAGGCCGUCGACCUGUUCGCCGACGUCGUGGGCGACGCCUUCAUCCUGAGCGUCGCCAUGGGCCUCAUCGUCUACGAGUACUGGAAGGCAUCGCAGAAGCCGGACGCCAACCUCGAGCGCAUCAAGGACCUCGACGCGCGGUUCGAGCAGCUCCAGCUGCGUGAGGACAAGCUGGAGAAGGACGAGGAGGAGGUCAAGGCCAAGGUCGCCGUGCUCGAGGAGGCGCUGCGGGCGCUGCGGGAUCCCAAGACGAAGAAGCCUCUGUGCCCGACAUUACAGGCUACCGUUCCCUCCUCGGCUUGA